AUGCAGAAGCAGUUAACAGUAGAUGAGAUGUCGAGAGCAGAAGAUGCGAUCAUGAGAUACAUCCAACAGCGUUCAUUCAGUAGUGAAUUAAAGUGUCUCCAGAUGAACAAGGGUAUUGGGAAAACCAGAUCUGUCUUCAAACUUGAUCCUGUAUUGUCGUUUGAUGGCAUAAUGAGAGUCGGUGGUCGUUCGAAAAAUUCCCCUGUUGAUGAACAAGUUAAGAGUCCAGUCAUCUUGCCGAAGAAUCACCAUGUGGCGUUUCUUAUUGUGAGACAUUUCCAUCAAGUAUCGGGACAUUCAGGAAGAGAGCAUGUACUUUCACUUUUGCGACAACGAUUUUGGUUGAUAGCAGCCAGAUCUACAGUCCGCAGAGCACUGCGUGAUUGUUUUGUAUGCAAACGGUUGUCAGCCACGCCUAUCGAGCAGAAGAUGGCAGAUCUCCCUCAAAACAGAGUCACUCCAAACAAGCCCCCAUUUAGUUAUGUUGGUGUAGAUUGCUUUGGCCCCUUCAUGGUGAAACAGGGUCGGAGCUUAGUGAAGCGCUAUGGAUGUAUUUUCACAUGUUUGGUAGUCAGAGCCGUGCAUAUUGAAGUUUUGCAUUCACUUGAGGCCGAUUCAUUUAUCAAUGGGCUACAGAGGUUUAUGUGUCGCAGAGGGCAACCGGAGGAGAUGAGGUCUGAUAAUGGCUCUAACUUUGUUGGAGCAGAGCGAGAGCUCAGAGAGUCGAUGGAGAAUUGGAACAAGCAUAUCAAUGAAUAUCUUCUUCAGAAAGGAGUUCGCUGGUUGUUUAACCCACCCACAGCAUCGCAUAUGGGAGGUGCAUGGGAAAGGCAGAUUAGGACUACACGCAAACUGAUGAAUAGCCUCAUGAAAGAGCAAACGAUGCCAGAUGAGAGUUUAUCCACACUUAUGUGUCUUGUUGAGUCUAUAAUCAACGGUCGACCGAUAACCUCGGUUUCAGAUGAUGUAAAUGACAUGGAGCCACUCACACCUAACCACUUGCUUUUGCUACGUGCAGGAGUAGUCUUGCCUCCUGGUAUUUUUGACAAGAAGGAUCUGUAUGGACGAAGAAGAUGGCGGCAAGUGCAGUACAUGGCAGAUGUUUUCUGGAGAAGAUGGAUUAGAGAAUACUUGCCUGCACUUCAAGAAAGACAGAAAUGGUCUAAACCACAGAGAAAUGUGCAAGUUGAUGAUAUGGUUCUAGUUGUUGACAAUGAUUUGCCAAGGAACAAAUGGCUGUUGGGGCGAGUAAUUGAAACUUAUCCGGGAAAGGAUCAGUUAGUCCGAGCAGUCAAAGUAAAGACAAAGUCAUCUACCUUGACAAGACCUGUACAGAAACUCUGUCUGUUGGAAGCAGUUGAAGGGAUGGAGAGCGCAAACUAG